GUCAAACGGACGUCUCUUUCUCGAAAGCAGUCUCUUUUCACUUCUCCGAUCUUCCUCUUGAAUAGAGCAAACGAAACAUAGAGACUGUACCCUAUUGAACAGAGCAAUCGAAACAGAGCAAUCGAAGCAGUCUCUUUCUCUUCCCUUCUCUGAUCUGUCAUCGAACUUUCUGGAUCAAACAAGAAAAUCUCUAUUAAGCGAUGGCGAAGAAGAUUGGAGUGACGAUGGAAGUCGGAAACGAUGGUGUUGUUGUGAUCACCAUUUCGAAUCCUCCUGUUAACUCUCUGGCCAGCCCAACUGAUUUUUUUGUGUGGGAUUCUUCGGUUAUUUCUGGGUUGAAGGAGAAGUUUCAAGAUGCGAAUCAGAAGAGUGAUUUCAAGGCCAUCGUCUUGACAGUUUUGCGGAUGGAGCUUGAUGUUCAACAGUUCUUACAGAGCCCUGAGUAGCAGCAUUUCGAGUUCCAGCGUUUUCCUACUUCCGCCUCACCAAGAUUCAUUUGACAGGAGCCAACCAUGUCUUUUGAUCUUAGCUUGAAAUGGUAAAGUGUGUUCUUGUGUUUUCCUUCUUCAGUAUAAAUAUGUGUUUUUCUGCAAAUUGGAUGCAUAACUUUGGUUGGCUCCUGUCAAAUGUUUGGUCUUGUUUUUUUAAGCAACAAAAAAAUAACAUUUUUUUGAGAACUCCUAAACAAGAAACUAUCAUUGGAGGGUAUGAA